AUGCAGACCUGUGACCCCGCCCGCCAGCGCAGGGUCUCCCCGGUCAGCAGCAGCGUCUGGACAGCAGUGUCCUUUCCCCGUGGGGCCCCACUGCGUAGGGGUCCAGGGACUGUGCUGCUCCUUCCAGGAAGAGGGCGGGUCCGGCAGGUAGGAGCUGCGGGAGGCCGGGCGGACUCCAUCCCGGGCACGCAGGGCGCCCGUCGGGGGACGCCGCCUGGAGAAGGGGACAUCUGGGGACGAAGGCUUUUUCCCCAGGAUCAGCGGGUCGCACGGCCCGCGGGGGCGCACACGGGGACCGGGAGCCGAGGACGGUGUUCUGUGUCGCGACUGCUCUGUUCAGUCGGGGCUCCGCCCGCGCCCCGGCUCUCGAGGGGACGCCUUCAGAGCCGUGCGCUGCCCCGCGGAGCCCACCGGCCGGGCGGGCACGGUCCCGGGGCCCUGUCUCCCGAGCGCCGCCUCCCCGGCCCCGGGCGCUUCCUGCCCGCGACCUGGCAGCCAGCUCUCCGCUGCGGCUCCGGAGGCCGCGGCCCGUGCCAGUCCGUUUUCCCUGGUGGUCCCACACUCGGUGCCUGGCACCCACCCCUCAGCGAGGCGGGAGGGGCGUUUCGGUUUGAGGGCUCGGGCCUUGCUGGCUCCACGGCAGGGACAUGGAGGCGAAGUUCGCGGUGGGGCAGAGCUGCUCAGUCCACGGGCAGAGGGAAGCAGAGCAGGGCACAGACUGCCCCAGGCCUCGGCCCCAGCCCACGCCCACACACCAGGGGUGCGCUGCACCCACCCUCGCGAAGCUCCCCGCAGCCCGCAGCCCACCCUCGCCCAGGCUGCAGGGGACUGGCAGGCGUCAGUGUCUCUAGCAGAAGUCCUCAGCCACCAUCUGUGGAAAUGGAACAGGAGAAGGUGAAUGUGAGCAAGGAGCUGGGCCCGGACUCGGCCGCGUACAGCUGCCCUGCGUGCCGAGGGGAAGGGAACUGGAGCUGCAGACACCCGGUUCGGGGCCGGGCCAAGGCCCGGAGCCUGUCGGCUUCGCCCGCCCUGGGCAGCACCAAGGAGUUCAGGAGGACGCGCUCACUCCAUGGACCGUGCCCAGUGACCACAUUUGGACCAAAGGCCUGUGUGCUGCAGAACCCCCAGACCAUCAUGCACAUCCAGGACCCUGCAAGCCAGCGGUUGACAUGGAACAAGUCCCCGAAGAGUGUGCUUGUCAUCAAGAAGAUUCGAGAUGCCAGCUUGCUACAGCCCUUCAAGGAGCUCUGCAUGUACCUCAUGGAGGAGAAUGGCAUGAUCGUGUACGUGGAGAAGAAGGUGCUGGAGGACCCAGCCAUCGUGAGUGAUGACAACUUUGGACCAGUGAAGAAGAAGUUCUGCACGUUCCGGGAAGAUUAUGACGACAUUUCCAACCAGAUAGACUUCAUCAUCUGCCUGGGUGGGGACGGGACCCUGCUGUAUGCCUCCUCGCUGUUCCAGGGCAGCGUGCCUCCUGUCAUGGCCUUCCACCUGGGCUCCCUGGGCUUCCUGACCCCGUUCACCUUCGAGAGCUUCCAGUCGCAGCUGACCCAGGUGAUUGAAGGGAACGCUGCUGUCGUGCUCCGGAGCCGGCUGAAGGUCAGGGUGGUGAAGGAGCCCCGCGGCAAGAAGCUGGCCGAGCACAACGGGCUCAGCGAGAACGGGCUGCCCGGCCCCCCGCUCGAGGGUGGGAAGCAGGCCAUGCAGUACCAGGUCCUGAACGAGGUGGUGAUCGACAGGGGCCCCUCCUCAUACCUGUCCAAUGUGGAUGUCUACCUGGACGGGCACCUCAUCACCACCGUGCAGGGCGACGGAGUGAUUGUUUCCACCCCGACGGGCAGCACAGCGUACGCAGCCGCAGCCGGCGCCUCCAUGAUCCACCCCAACGUGCCAGCCAUCAUGAUCACGCCCAUCUGCCCUCACUCGCUGUCCUUCCGGCCCAUCGUGGUCCCCGCAGGGGUGGAGCUGAAGAUCAUGCUCUCGCCAGAGGCCAGGAACACUGCCUGGGUGUCCUUGGACGGGCGGAAGCGGCAGGAGAUACGCCAUGGAGACAGCAUCACCAUCACGACUUCCUGCUACCCGCUCCCCUCCAUCUGCGUCCGUGACCCUGUGAGUGACUGGUUUGAGAGCUUGGCGCAGUGUCUGCACUGGAACGUGCGGAAGAAGCAGGCCCACUUCGAGGAGGAGGAGGAGGCGGCGGCGGUGGACGAGGAGGAGGGCUAGGCGCGCCAGCUCUGCUGCAGAUGUGUCAGCUCCACGCCGGCCGGGCCCUGCUGGGCUGCUGCACACCAGAGCCUGGGUCCACCUUUUGUGACCAGAUCAGCUUUUUAACAUUUUUAAAUCUGACUUUUUACAUUUCUGAUGAAGCAAAGUGAGUGUGGACAGGGAGCUGGCCGCCCCCAAAGCAGGGCCCUUUGACUGCAGGCCAGGGCUUCCCACAGUCAGUCUGUUGGAGUCCAGGUGGCCAGGAUGAAUUGAUCUGUCCCUUGAUGUCAAAUAAAUGCCUCAGCCAAAAAUCUUCCUUUAGCGGCAGUGCUUUCCCCUGGGCCUGUUACCUUCUCCCCUCAACUCCUAGGGGCUCCGGCUUCGCUGUGGAGCGCAGGGCCCCCGGACCCCACAUUCCUUCCACUAGGUGGUGGCAGCAGCGGCAGCUCCUGGGAGGUGUCUUAAGUCCUGUGCACAUUUUCUAGAGGUUCUUUUACACUUUCUGAAGUGCUUAUGUACAUAUUUUCUUGUACACACUUUGUGAAGCUGGGCAGGAGGGCCGUCCCGUCCCAGGUCCUGUUUACCUCGUGUCCAGGAGAUAGCUGCCCCGGGUCGGGGCCCUGUGCAGACCUGCAGGGGCCAGCUGCGUGGUGCUGUGGGCAGCAGGAAGAUCCCCCCCAACGGGAGUCUCAUGCUGGAGGAGCUCCCAGCCCACCCUGAGGUGCAGGUGUGGGCAGAGCCGAGUACUUUCUUCUCCAUGGGUCCUUGCUGGGUGUGAUCCCAGCUACUCAGGAGGUUGAGGCAGGAGGAGCACAAGCUCAAGGCCUGCCUGUGUACCUCAGCGAGACCCUGUCUCAAAAUGAAAAAAGUGCUGGGAAAUGCUGCCCAGCAGAGACCACAUGCCUCGUGCUUGAGAGGCCCUGGGUCCUGUCUCCCAGUGUGGCCCCAGGACCCAGGGGCCCUGGUCGGGCUGACCUUGGGGCUCAUGUUCCUGAGCGGGGCGCAGCCCACUGUGAGGGACAGGUCACCGGUGUAGACGGAAAGCGGGUGAUGCCCAAGCGGUCCUCGUCAGCUCCGCCCGGGCUGCGUGAGAACACUUGGGCUUUUGAAGUAAAUUCUUAAUGUUUCAUAUUGUUAAUAUCCUGGAAAUUUGUUAAUUGUUGCUGAAAGCCUUAUUACUAUUUUCAGAUCCUUUCAAUAAACAGACUUGUAAAAAAAGA